AUGACCGGGUACCGAGGAGCGCUGGCCCUCUCCAACGAGCUGUUACACGAUAUUCUUGACCUCAUAGCAGCCGAUCCCGAAAGACUUGUGAGUGUCGACAAGCGAGCAUAUCUAUCUCGGGAAAGCUUCAGACCGGAUCCUCUACCCUCUCAAGACCAAGUCGUACAUAUUGGCAAGUUUAGAUUACUCUGUCGACGAUUCGCUGCUCUGGGUGCUUCACAUCAAUUCGCACGUGUUACGACCAGAUUCUCGUCAAAAGGACUUGCGAGACUCGAAGCCAUUGCCGAUCAACCACAUCUGGCGAAACAUGUCAAGAAAUUCAGCUACAAAGUGCCUUAUUUUUGUACUCAAGGUCGAGAAAGCAUACAAACCCUUGACACCCAAAUUCAGCUGACCAUCGGUAAACAAAACAUCGACCGCUUCCUCAGCAAAAUCCACGAACAGCAAAGAAUUCUAAACUCCAAACGCGACAUCGAAGUCCUACGGAAGGCAAUGAAAGCAUUCAUCUCGCUCCAACACGUCCAAAUCCUGCGCGUCCAAGACCAAGAAGACGAAAAAUUGCUUACUUACAUCCGCUAUCAUCAAAACAUUACUCAAGCAGCGGAGCUCAAAUGGGCACCUGCAUGCGCUCACAGUGCCAGAACCAUCGGAACAGCGCUUUUGGAAUCGAGAUCACCGUGCUCGCGAUUCUCGUCUCCAAUGCUGAGUCCCCAGAGCGCUUUGGUGCUGGCAGAAAAUCCCACUGGGUCCUUUUCAACACUAGCGACAAGACUUACAUGCCUUGAAUUACACUUUGACGAUGGAUACUUUGACGACAACACGGAUUUGGAAGUUCGCAUGUUUGAGCUCUCGCAGCUGUUCAGAACCGUGUUUCAAGCAGCGGUGAAUAUGGAGGCCAUACACGUAGGCUUUCCCUCCCACCGACCUAUCGGCCUCCCUCUGGAAACAAUCUUCCACAAUGUGACGUGGAGUAAACUCGUGGCAUUCGGGAUACAAGGUUGGCGCUUGCACGACCACGAGAUCAUUGGUUUUGCUACUCGCCACAAAGACCGCUUACGAGGACUAAGGCUCAGAGAUGUAAUGCUCAGAGAAGGCAGCAUGUGGAAGUCCAUCCUCAGUUUCUUGCAUUCAGAAAUGAAACGUCUAGAUUGGGUGUCUUUGCGCAGGAUAGACUACGCCGCUCACUUUGACACCGUAUGGGAGAAUGCGGGUAUAGAGCUCCCUGACGAUCCUCCGGGUGGAUUGAGCUCGUCAGACGAAGACACCGAUUCCGAAGACGACAUUUACUGGGACGAAGAAGCAGAACAUCAAGACGACGAGACAAAUCACUCCACCACAGCAUCAGAUUGGGACAGUGUAAACGCAUCUGACUCCGAAGACCAAGACGGAGAAGAGCGCGGCAGAGCAGCCCACGAAAUGGGCUUUCCACCCCUAAAUUCGCCGGAUACGCCGAGCUCGGUGCCAUGGUGUGAUUGCACCAAGAGAGCUUUCCCAAUCAGCGUUGACGAGUUGGGCGACGACGGCACAAGCGUGGACACCAAGCAGUGGAAGAUGUGGGAGAAGUGGGUGCUGGGCAGAUGUCCUGAGCAUAAUGUUUAG